UCUUCUCAAGUACUUACUUUGAUCCGUAACAAUUCCCAUUUUGAGAAACUAGUUGUGUCUCUAAAAUGGCCAAAAAUGUGGCUCAGUCUCCUCUUGAAAGGAAUAGCUUGGCUUCUUCACUCGAUCAAAAACUAGCCAUGGCCAAGCGUUGUUCUCAUGAGGGGGUUCUGGCUGGUGCCAAAGCAGCUGCUGUUGCUACUGUCGCUACCGCUAUACCAACUUUGGCUAGUGUGAGGAUGCUGCCUUGGGCUAGAGCCCAUCUCAAUCACACUGCUCAAGCUCUCAUUAUUUCAACAGUGGCAGGGGCAGCAUAUUUCAUUGUGGCGGACAAGACUGUUUUGGCAUCUGCAAGGCGAAACUCCUUCAAGCAGCCAUGAUUCCAACAUCAUUUCCAUAAAAAAACCUAGCUAGUUGUAAUUCAGUCAACUCCAGUGCAAUUUCAUAUAUAUAUAUAUAUAAAUAAAAUUCAGUAUCUAACAUAUAUGAAUAAAGA